AUGCCCCCUGUGCUAGGACCAUAUCCAGUCCUCGCGCUCGGGGAGAACGCAGAUUCAACACGCGAUGCGGGAUACACGACGCGUUCGACCGUGAUCCCGGUAGAAGAGCCGUGUUCUAUCCUCGACAGCCAGGAUGCCAGACGACCUGGUCAACACAGUCCCCCCACCGGCGACAGUGCCACACCACAAGACGCAACCCCAAGCACCAGAUACGAGACGGCGGGUAUGAUGGCGGUCGUACUCUUAGAUAGUGCUUGUUCUACGACGUACAGCUAUGUCGAAUAUCACGCUGUACUUGUCUGGCACAGUAAAAGCGACGAAUAUGAUAGAUUCGAAAUCCUCUUCAGCCUCCGCGUGAAGCAGAAUACUCCGGAAAUAUGUCACUCCCCCGACAUCUGUACUGCUCUAGCCACCAUUUCCGAGAAAGACAUGGUUCGCCGCACCUUGACGCCACAGCCGGGCACUCAACGUACCAGAAAGAGAAGGCAGAGACGAAAGAAGUGCCAAAUCUCCAGGCCGCCUGCAGUCGAGGAGUCUGGGGAUAAACAGCAUGUCUCGGUCGUGGAAGACAAGACUUCAUACGCGCCACAGCAGUUCCCAAAUUCCAUGCAGCAUGAAAUGAGCGCCUGGCCAUCAACCAUACGAAUAUCGGAUCUGUUUGAUCCCUGGGCCCACUGGGCAAGAGCAUGGUCAUCCACAGGCACUAUCUAUCAAUCGCGAAUCUGCAUACAAGCCAAGGGCAGGCCCGGCACAGGGGUCUUCGUUAACAUGAUUAUGCCGGUAGCCUGCGCUACUUCACUGAUGCCAAUCAAUAUACCUUGCGACUCUGAAACGGAGUUUCGUUUAUCAUUCGAUGAAACAGCGAGGAUCUGUCGCCCGGGCACGGAGCUCAUCAACACAAUGAGGCAAAUCACUGCGCUAUACGUGGAGUCGUCCAAGUCGCGAUACCAGGGAGAUGAGCAAGACUUUGUUAUUCUACUUGUUCCAGAUCAGCCUCAUGGCACGCUUGGCCAUUGGCUAAAUGUAAAUUCAGGGUCAGAGCCGGCCCUCCAGGUUCACGCCCGGGGGAUCUCAACAGAUAACAUGGGCAUCGUGCAUGAUAGCACGCGCUUCAACAAGCCACUUAUUUUCAGGCAAUGGGUGCUCUCCCCGGCUGGCAGCAAUCUGGACCUUAGGAUGGAAUGUGAGCAGCUGGCCGGCUCACGACGUCAGUUGUGCAGGAGCCCUGAUGAGGACCUACUGCCACCCGCUCGUGCUAAGUCCACGGUAGUCUCUGCGCAGACGUGUACAGUUGACAGGCUCCCCUUUACGCAAAGUAUAUUUGGCCUAUUCAUGCCCGCCCUUUUGGAUACACUCGAGAGACGUCUGGUCGCAGCACGACUGUGCGAAACUAUUCUGGGCGGCAUUCAAUUCGAAACACUUGACCAUGUGGUCACUGCCUUGACGACUCCAUACGCCACACCGCGUUCGAACUACCAACGAUAUGAAUUCUUUGGAGACUCCGUUCUGAAACACCUCAUAUCCUGUCAGGUUUUCUUCCUGCACGGCAAUUGGCAGGAGCACGAACUCACCAGAUCUCGCGAUCAGCUUGUCCAAAACCAUAGGCUUACGAGGGCUGCUCUCAGGAUUGGCCUGGAUGCAUUCAUUAUUGACCGCAGGACAAGCCUUCGAAGAUACACUGUUCCACUAAUCUCUGAGAAAUCUCAGCACGUCCCCCGAGGAAGGGAUGUCUCGUCGAAAGCCCUGGCAGAUGUCAUUGAGGCGCUCAUAGGAGCGGCAUAUGUAGACGGCGGCCUUGUACUCGCACAGCAAUGCAUCAAGCGACUCCUUCCUGAGAUAGCCCUACAGUCUCUACCCCCUUGUCUCUCUUUCCGGCCUCGACUCCAUUCCAUCCCUGAGCACGGUGUUGACCAUAUCCUGAAACGGGCCCUUGGGUAUACAUUCAGAAAUGAGACGCUGUUAGAGGAAGCCCUAACCCAUCCCUCAUGCGGCCAUCCCUCCACCACCGGGAACUACCAGAGACUAGAAUUUCUAGGAGAUGCCGUGCUAGACAUGGUGGCCGUGGACCACUUCGUGCGCCAUUCAACAGAAAUACCACAAGGGCAAAUGACGCUCAUCAAGCACGCGGUGUGCAACGGAAACCUCCUCGCAUUUUUCUGCCUAGAGAUGGGGCUCUGGCGGUUUAUGCUCUUCAAAAACCCUAGCAUAAAAACAUCCCAAGACAGCGUCUUCAAACGCUAUCUCUCCCUCCGUGGCCAGAUCAGCCAAAGUAUCAAGCAAGGCACCCAGUACCCAUGGCAGGACCUCAGCGAACUAAACCCAGAUAAACACUUCUCAGAUGUGAUAGAGAGCCUGCUCGGCGCGAUCUUCGUGGACUCGGGCUGCGAUCUAUCUGCCUGUGAAAUGUUUCUCGAGCGUAUUUGCUGGUCGAGGUAUCUGCAGCGUAUUCUUGAUGUCGCGAUGGAUGUCACGCACCCGAAGAACGCGGUGCAGAUGCUGUCCAAGUCGCUCGCGGUUUUCAGCAUUACUCGUUCGAAGAAAGAGGAUGGCGAAGCUGCCUAUGACUGUGCGGUUCAUGUUCGUGAUACUCAGAUUGCGAUCGUUGGUGGUUGCUCGUGUCGCGCGGAGGCAGAAGUGAAAGCAUCAAAUGUGGCCAUGGGGCUUUUGCAGAAUAUUACGCUGGACUCGCUCAUAUCUGGAUAA